AUGGAGUCAGAGCCCGAGGCGGAGGACUACAGAGGAGACGCCCAGCAGGUGGCCUUACCUGAGCAGCACAGGCAGACUGGGGAGCAGAGGGAGGAGGCUUGAAGAGCCAGGAAUGAAGACCGACCGGUUUCCUGCACUUCUCCGGGACACUUCUAUGCUCACAUUCUCUCUGGCAGAUUUCUACUCCGCUGCAGAUCAGAGGACACCGCUGACAGAGGAGCUGUGCCCUGCUCUAGUGCGAGGCUGUGGUCCUCGAAAGGGACACCAUCAUGUCACGUCUGGAGAGGUCCCAGCGGAGCCCCACAUGGUGGUCCUGCAGAGAUCUGUUGCAGGGCCACGUUUCCGUGCCAACAGCACGGCGGUAAGCAUGCAUGGCUCCCCUCGUGAGCCUACCCACCAGCACAUUACAGCAACGUGUCACAAGGAACACUCGGUCAGACCUCGUAGUGUAUGCAUGUUGGCAGCCGCACAAUCCAGUGGUCUGUUUGUGACAAACGCCGACACCAGUACAGCAGGUUGUUCGGGCUUCAUUCUGCAUCGUGGGGCCAAGAGGGCUGAGCUGCGGGCCGUGGACGGCCUCGGGUUGGACGCUCCUGCCGCUUUCAGGCUGCAUUCACGUCCGAGGCAGGAGUCCGCUGCAUUCCGAACCCCACGCACAGGGGAGAGACCACGGCCCGUUAGUAUGACCAUUCUGGAGCUGACAGACAUCCACAGCUCCCAGGAUGAGCUUGCGAACAGCACCUUAAGUGAUGUGGCCAACCUGACACGCUCCAGCUUUCGAUGGAGGCUCUUCAGCCGUCGGGCCCGGGACAAGGAGGCACUGGCCACUGCUGUGCCUUCCAGCACCAAGCCAGACAGACCGAGCAGGUUCACUUCCCUACGCCGGAGCCUGAGCCUCCGGAUCCGGCGAAAUCGGAAUGAGCCUGAGCAAAGCAGUGCACAGGAAGGAUCUCGGACAACAAGCAUUGUAGAAGACAUAUCCCGGUCUACCCGUCCUUUCUCUUACCUAACUGGCAGGACACUGUCUCCUGCCUGUGAGCGGAAUGAGCACCAGAGGAGCAGGCAGCACACUGAGUUUCAAACCAGGGAGACGGCCUCAGUUCUGGAGGCCCCAGCCAAGCUCACCAAGGCUACCAAGCCAGCUUCAUCUUUGGAGCCUAACCUUUGGCAGCUCAUCACUAGGCGCUUUAAGAGAAAAGGUCUGUCGUCAGGCAGCAAACCUGAGCCCUGCACUGAGUGUCAACCACCUGGCAGUGAUCCCCCCACCAGGAAUAAAAAACUGCAGUCCGUUGCCGUGGAGACACUAACUGGCAUUGACUUCAGCAAAGGUCAAGAUUCCUUUGUCAACAGUCAGGAGUGGACAUUGAGUAGGUCAGUGCCAGAGCUCAAAGUGGGCAUUGUGGGUAACCUGUCCAGUGGAAAGUCGGCCUUGGUGCACCGGUACCUGACAGGAACAUAUGUCCAAGAAGAGUCUCCGGAGGGAGGCCGCUUUAAAAAGGAAAUGGUGGUGGAUGGACAGAGCUAUCUCCUGCUGAUACGAGAUGAGGGAGGACCUCCUGAACUUCAGUUCGCUGCGUGGGUGGAUGCGGUGGUGUUCGUCUUCAGCCUGGAGGAUGAAAUCAGCUUCCAGACAGUCUAUAACUACUUCCUGCGGCUGUCCAGCUACAGGAACACAGCGGAGGUGCCCAUGGUGCUGGUGGGGACGCAAGAUGCCAUCAGUGCCACAAACCCGCGAGUGAUUGACGACGCUCGCGCACGCAAGCUGUCCAAUGACCUGAAGCGCUGCACAUACUACGAGACCUGCUCCACUUACGGCCUCAAUGUGGAGAGAGUCUUCCAAGAUGUUGCCCAGAAGGUUGUGGCACUGAGGAAGAAGCAGCAGUUAGCCAUUGGGCCAUGCAAGUCUUUGCCCAACUCCCCCAGCCACACGUCCGUGCCUGCUGCGGCCAUCCCUUCUGUACACAUCAACCAGACGGCUAACGGAGGUGGCGCAUUCAGUGACUACUCCUCCUCCGUCCCCUCCACCCCCAGCAUAAGCCAGCGGGAGAUGCGCAUCGAGACGAUUGCUGCCUCCAACACGCCCACGCCCAUCCGCAAGCAGUCCAAGCGCCGCUCCAACAUCUUCACAUCACGGAAAGCCAGUGAGCAAGCAAAGAGCUCUGAAUGUAAAACAGACAGCAUAGGCAGUGGAAGAGCCAUUCCCAUCAAACAGGGUAUUCUGCUGAAAAGGAGUGGCAAAUCGCUGAAUAAAGAGUGGAAAAAGAAGUAUGUCACAUUGUGCGAUAACGGCCUCCUCACCUACCAUCCCAGUUUGCAUGAUUAUAUGCAGAAUGUCCACGGUAAAGAGAUCGAUUUGUUGCGGACGACAGUGAAGGUGCCGGGGAAGAGGCCUCCCAGAGCGGUGGCGACGGUGGCUCCAAGCGCUAGUCCCAAGGCCAACGGUUUAACCAAGGACAGAAGUACGAUGCAGCUUGGCAUCGGCUCUACCGGUGCUCCUCACUCCAACAGCAGUACCUCUCUGCAGUCCGGGGGUCCAGUCCCAGGGUUGGGUGUGACCUCUGUGGGUGGAUCUAAAGAAGGAAUGCACCAACGCUCCUUCUCUGUGUCCAGCGCUGAGCAGUGGAACGAGGCCGUCAACCCAAGCAGUGUGGCAGCCAAUGGGACAACGGAUCCUCUCAGUGGUGCCCCUGGCAUGGGCGGUGCUACCAGCCCCAAGCUGGAGCCUCCCCCUUCGCCCCACGCCAACCGCAAGAAGCACAGGAGGAAAAAGAGCACAGGCAUCUCCAAACCAGAUGGGCUGUCGGCAGGCAACGAAGAACAAGAUGAGUCUUUUGAGUUCAUCAUUGUGUCACUGACGGGGCAGAUGUGGCAUUUCGAGGCAUCGACGUAUGACGAGAGGGAACUUUGGGUUCAAGCCAUUGAGAGUCAGAUUUUUGCCAGUUUACAGUCAUGUGAAAGUACAAAGAAUAAGUCUCGAUUAGGGAGCCAGAGUGAUGCCGUGACCAUCCAGUCCAUCAGGAAUGUGAGAGGCAAUAGUUUCUGUGUGGACUGUGAUGCGCCCAAUCCGGACUGGGCCAGUCUGAAUCUAGGCGCCCUGAUCUGCAUUGAGUGCUCCGGGAUCCACCGGAACCUGGGCACCCACCUGUCACGUGUGCGCUCCCUGGACCUGGACGACUGGCCCGUGGAGCUGAGCAUGGUGAUGACAGCCAUCGGCAACGCCAUGGCCAACAGCGUGUGGGAGGGGGCACUAGAGGGCUACAGCAAGCCCGGUGCCGACAGCUCCAGGGAGGAGAAGGAGCGCUGGAUCCGGGCAAAGUACGAGCAGAAGCUCUUUGUGUUGGCACUGCCUCAGUCGGACGUGCCGCUGGGCCAGCAGCUCCUGCGUGCUGUGGUGGAGGAUGACUUACGGCUGGUGGUUCUCCUGCUCGCACACGGCACCAAGGAUGAGGUGAACGAGACAUACGGAGACGGGGACGGCCGCACGGCGCUGCACCUCUCCUGCGCCAUGGCCAAUGUGGUCAUUACACAGCUGCUCAUCUGGUAUGGCGUGGAUGUGAAGAGUCGUGACGCUCGCGGACAAACGCCCCUCUCCUAUGCGCGCCGUGCGGGAAGCCAGGAGUGUGUCGAUAUCCUCAUCCAGCAUGGCUGCCCCUCAGACAGUGCCGGACUGGCCACACCAACUUCCACCCGACACAACCCCAAUGCCAACAACAACGCCCAGUGCGAGCUCAACCGUAGUGUCAGUAUCAUGUAGUUCUGGGGAAAGCGUUCUCCUCACGCAUACCCCACACUGUAAGGCUUCAGUGUCCCACUGCUCCCGUGUGUCACUUCCUCCCCCACCCCCAUCCCGUGUCCACAUGGUCUUGCAGUGAACUUCACUGGUCACCACCUCACCAUUCCAGGUUAAUGUUGUAAAAUGCCUUCCUUUGGCGAAGACUGCAUUGCCCUAUUUAUCCGACCACUGCUACUGUGUUGCAUCUAAACUGUGUAGACGCGGAUGUGCCCGGUCUCCCCUUAACUCCUCCCUAGGACACCGGUGUCCUUGGUCGGACUGCAACAGCAGUGCAUUAGCUCAGCAGAGGGGAAGUGUGGUUAACACAUUCAAGAAUCGCUCAGGAGAGUCGGAGGCGAAAUGUUUGAACCCUUCCAUUCAGAUGUCUGUUGUUUAGUCUUCCACCAGAGUCCAUUCUAACAUCUGUCUACAUUUUUGUUCUUUUUCGAGCUCAUCACACCAGAGUUCUUCAGUUUCUUCAUGAAAUAAUACUAAAGAAAACCUUUGUAAAAGAGCCUUGUAAGCUGAUUAGGGAAGACAUCCACCUGUGUUUUGUCACACCGUUUAGUAAGGUUCAACUCAUCUAGCUUGAUUUGUUCCUGUCCCACCUUCAGCUCGUCUAAGAUUUUUUCUGGUGUUCAUCAAACUACAUGGCUCCUUAAGAAUACCUCUUCAGUUGGACCAAAAAAAAAUAAAAAAAUCCUGAAGGGCAUGAUUACCCUGAGAAUAAUGUGUCAUUAUCAGGCCUUUGUGAGAUGGAUUUCAUGAGGGCUCUGAAGUGUUCUCAUGACUGUUUGACACUGGGGUCUCUCAUCCUCUUUAUAUAUAUAUA